AUGCCUGAUUUGGACCUUGACGGAUCCCGUUCGCCAAGCUCCCCAAGACCAGACGCAUCCAAACCAGACUUGACCCACCGCAACAGCCACGGCAGUAACUCCCACCAUCGCCAUCUGGUGCUGCCCCACAGACUGCCCCAGCACACCAAGGACCUGCCCUUGACCGACAUUGGCACGUCCCCUCCAGCGUUUGAAAUCAACUCCAUCACCCACAAGGACUCCAGAGACUCGCUUGAAAGCUCGGAGCUCAGCGACUUGGGAGACGACGGAAGUGAGGCCGAAACGGACAAAAUGGAUUUCUUGGACGACGAUAGUGCCUCUGCCAGAGACAAGGUGACCGAUUUGCGUGCCUUGUCUGAGCUUACAGAGAUGGCUCGGUUGCAAGAGGUGGAUUCCGACGAUUCGGAUGACAAUUUCCCAAAAGAAUUAAGUCACGAAGACGCCCUUCAGCUCAAUGGCAAGCAUGAGGGAGAUCACGAUGAGGAGCUCGAGAGACCUGCAAAGCAGCGCAGGCUACUGAAGCUGAAAAGGACUUCAGGAAAGGCUAAAAAAGAAGAAGAUGCUGAGUCUGGCACUCAGGAAUCUCCUUCUGCCUCGUCUCCAACCGCCGCAACCACCACUGCCACCGACGCAGUGGAGAUGGAAACUGCUGAGCUCACACUGCACGACACCAAGCUGGUUAUUGACGACGAGAACGUUCUGGCUGAGGAAGGGGACAAUGAGGAUGCUGAGGAGGAUGACCAAGUUGGCGCUGAGCGCGAGGACGUUGCAAAUGGAGAAGUGGAAGCAGGCGCUGAUAUUAAAGAUGAGGAGGAGGCCGAGGAGCCUAAAGAAGAGGGUGGAGAUCCUGCUAAUGGCUCGGUCAAUGAAGAGCUGGCAAAAGAGGAGGACCUCGCUGAAAAUGGCUCGCCUGCUGACGAGGAAGGCGAGGCUGGGGCCGAGGUUGAAGCUGAUGUAGAAGAUGAGAAGCCAGAGGAAGGCGAGCAAGAAGAAGAAGAAGCUGACGCUGACGCAGCGGCAAAGAUCGAGGCAGAGAAGAUUGACGAAGCGAGUGUGAAAGAGCAUCAGAUCGCUGAGGAGAACGACGUUGACAUGGAUGAACACCGCAAGUUGGCUGUGGACGAGCUCAUAGCAAUUGAGGCUGACUUCGCUCAUCUUCGGGACAAGCUCUACCAGGAUAAGCUCAGCUUACUAGAACAUGAGCUCCAGCUUUGCUUGGACGGUCUGCACCCUGAACUUCUACAAAUCUACCUUAAGGUGAACGAGUUCUACCAAGACAACAUUCGCCUUGCUAAUGCCACCCUCAAUUACAGUCUCAAAUGCAUCAACACAGAAACUAUUGCUACACGUACGGCCAUCCACCAGGAUUUUAUGAAGAACGUUAUGGACAUGAAGAACGAUAUGAUCACGGAAACCACCCUGUUGUGGUACAAGAUCAACAAGGAACGCAACAGUCUAGAUCAGUUGGUACCCGACUUCAAUUUUGCAGCCAUCCCUACCAUACCGUCCAUCGAAGGUGAGCCCGUUGGUUACAACCAACAGCCCAUUGCUGCAGGCGGGUCUAGCAUGGAAUACUACAUGGACGGCCCUGCCCUCAGCAAAAAGGCCAUGAAGCAAAAUAUUCUCUAUGAGCUCGUGCAACAGCGAAACAGUCUCAAUAAAGAGCUUGGCAUCUUGAAUGGCCUCAAGGAGUUCCAUGGGUUCCCCUGUGCGAUCUCCACUGCGCUACAUAAAGAUGACUCGAGCAAUGUCGCUGUGGAUGAGCUUAUACUACAAAAGGCCACCAAUGACGAAGUCGAGGAAGAUUUUCGUGCCAUGGGGAUCUCUAUCAACGGCUAG